GUUUGCCUCACACCUCCAAGGUUGGGUGUUUCGAAUCCCGCCUCCGCCCUGUGUGCACGGAGUUCGUAUGUUCUCCCCGUGCUUCGAGGGUUUCCUCCGGGUACUUCAGUUUCCUCCAACAGUCCGAAGACAUGCGCUGUAGGCUGAUUGGUAUCUCUAAAUUGUCUAUAGUGUGUGUGUGAUUGUGCCCUGCGAUGGGUUAGCACCCCGUCCAGAGUGUGUGUGUGUGUGUGUGUGUGUGUGUCCCGGCCGUUUGCCCCAAGUUCCCUGGGAUAGACUCCAGGCUCCACCGUGACCCUGUGUAGGAUAAGCGGUAUGGAAUAUGGAUGGACCAGGAAACAUCUUGGCUGUGCAAUAUAUGUUUCUUGUAUCGAUAUAACAUGAAGAUGUGAGGUGGGAAUACACCAUGGAUCACACACACAUGUGAGGUACCUGCUGUACCACCAUGCUGCCUAAAAGUACAGUCUGGUAUUGUUAUUUCUCUGAGUGUGAAAGUGUAGUACUCGGUUCGGGACACGCCCAGGCUUUGUGGCUGAGUGAGUGCACUUCUUCUCAUGUCCUGUGUGUGGCGCUGUGCUCCUCCUUUUCUCUUUCAACCACAGAGGGUUGGUUUUGCACAAAAGGGGACGCAUCCCAACGAGAGUGCGCUUUGCUGGGGCGUCUCGUUUUAGUCUCGUGUUCGGUGAUCACUGUUGUCCCGGGUCAGAACGCAGCGCAGGUCCGAGUGCGUAACCGAGCGCCUGGAAACGGAAUAAGCGGGGUUUAACAGGUGCAUUUAGGAGCUCCAGGGUAACGCAUCCUUAUCGAGAUGAAUGGAAAAUGUUUGCAUGAACAUGUGCUCUGAGAUCUUUACCUGUGGGCUUUAUCUGCACUGCGCGCGCACAUGAUGAAGAAAAGGAUGAAGAGCGCUGCUCCGGUUGUGCUGUGAUUUGUCCCGGUUUGCACGCGCGCCAGUUCGUUUCUGGGAGUCUCGAGCAUGACGCGCUUCGACCGGCAGCGGCUCCGAGUUGCAGUGCUUCUCCUGGGAUUUCUGCACGGCGUGACAGCCUCCAGAUGUGCAGGCAACGCCUGCAGCCCUCCUGUGGGCAACUUGGCCAGUGGCAGGACCCUUCACACACAGUCACUCUGCUGCUCCAACAGCUCGCUGAUGGCGGACGACCCUUUUCUCCACCCAGACACGUGGUGGGAGUCGGGGGUCACAGCAGCUGGAGAGGACGAGAUCCAUCUGGACUUGGAGGACCGGUUCUGUCUGACCCAUGUGGUGAUGGUGUUCCGCUCGCCACGUCCUGCCGCCAUGACCCUGGAGCGCUCGCAGGACUUUGGCCGCACCUGGGAGACACUGAAGGUGUUCGCUGAGAAUUGCAGCUCUGCUUUCGGGCUCCCUGAUGAUGUUAGCCAGCAGGAAGCGCUCUGCACGUCCAGAUACUCCAGCGCCAUGCCAUGUACUGGGGGAGAGGUGAUUUUCCGUUCCAUUGCUCAAGGCAGAGGGAUGGACGACCCGUAUAGUCCCGAAGCCCUGUCCAUACUGACCCUCACUAACCUGCGCGUGCGCCUCCUGAAACCCCAUCGCUGUCCUGCUUCUCCUUUCACCUCCUCUAGGGGGCAGCGCAACACUCCACAACAAGCACCCAACAUCAGAUUCUUACCCAAAGUUCCCAGACAGCCAUCUCGUAACUCCACAAGCUCCGAUUCUGCUCCCUAUGCCAUCUUGUCGCUCCUUGCGCAAGGGACGUGUCUGUGUCAUGGACAUGCAGAGCAAUGCCUUCCUACUGGAGGACAAAACAGCCUGCAAAGCAGCGGCAGUGUGCAGGUGCGAGGAAGGUGUGUUUGCACUCAUCACACAGCAGGCGUUCACUGUGAGAAAUGCGCUCCGCUCUACAACGAUCGGCCCUGGAGAGCAGCCAACGGCAGCAGCGGAGAACCGAACCCCUGUCAGAAGUGUGAAUGUCAUGGCCAUGCACAGAACUGUCACUUCUCUCAGCGAGUGUGGAGCUCCACGGGUGGCACCAGUGGAGGUGUCUGCGAUGACUGCCAGCACAACACGGAGGGCCGGAAGUGUCAACGCUGCCGCCCAGGAUACCGACGCCACCCGGGUCGCCCCCUCGCCUCGCCUCAAGCCUGUACACGUUGUUGGUGCGACCCGGUCGGCUCGGUCCCAGUCAGAAACAGUGGCGAGGCAGGCUGGUGUCACCCCAGGAGCGGGCAGUGCCACUGUAAGCCUGGUGUCGGUGGGACGAUCUGUAGUCACUGUCUGCCUGGACACUGGGGCUUUGGACUAGAGGGCUGCAGACCCUGCACAUGCCCUCUGACCUGUGACCCCGUUACAGGUCACUGCUUAGAAAGCAAACCCAACAGAGAAUUUUACAACAUUCCUCUCGGAGGCAAAAUUCCUGAUCUGACUCACCUCCACCCCCAUGAGGAGAACAAGUCGUGGUCCAACGAGCUCACGGUCUCUGCCCUGUACGACACAGGUAAAUGUACCUGCAAGGAAAGGAAGGUGAAGAGUGUGUCCGAUUUGUGCAGGAUGAAACAUUCUUAUGGUAAGAUCGGACGAACUCAGACGCAUUCCGGAAUAAUCUACGUGAUCAAGGCCAGUGUGCUGUCAGCUCAUGAUAAAGGCACGCAUGCGGUGGUGCAGGUGAAGGUGAGGAAGGUGCUGCGCUCAGGCGUCAUGUUGCUUUCUCAGGGCACACACAGCCUGUACCCGCUGUCCUGGACCAGCCGCGGCUGCACCUGCCCCGUCCUCAACCCAGGAUCAGAGUACCUGCUGGCGGGUUCAGAGGAGACAGAAUCGGGCCGUUUGCUAGUCACCAUGCAGAGCCUGGUAGUGCCAUGGACAAGCACGCUCAGCUUUCUCGUCUCCGAGGCUCUGCGGCGGGGCUGCUUAUGAUAAGAACGCACUGGAAGGGCACAGAUACACGGACACUGAAAACGAAUACUUCAAACUCACAGACACAGCCGGGUUCUUAAACCAGCCAGGGGAUGUUAACAGAACUAUGGAGAGACCCAACUGUACCGAACUCCCAUACUGAAUAAGGCCAGAAUACAUGGAAUUAUGAUGCAGUACACCUGGAUACACAGCUCAUGGCAGAUGUUUUUAUUGCUUCCACCAAUUAUUACAUUAGUACUCAAACCAGUGAUAUGAAGCCUGUUAAAGACAAGCAGUACUGUGGUCCUGUCACAUUUAAACAAUCGGCCAUUAUGGUAUUACAACGUUUGAAUUUUUGUUUACCGGUUGAUUGAUUUUCCUUCUGUCAUUGUUAAAUAGUCUAUUUUUGUAAACUUUGAAUAAAAAAAAAUUGUAUGAAACUCUAUAAU